CUCUGAUCUCAGGUGUUGUUGAAACUCAGACAGACGCUGAAUCUCUGCUGAGGAACCUGAACCACCUGAGGAACACACCUGGACCUGCCGAGUUCUCCUAAACACACCUGGACCUGCCGAGUUCUCCUGAACACACCUGGACCUGCCGAGUUCUCCUGAACACACCUGGAUCUGCUGAGUUCUCCUAAACGCACCUGGACCUGCAGAGUUCUCCUGAACACACCAGGACCUGCCGAGUUCUCCUGAACACACCAGGACCUGCCGAGUUCUCCUGAACACACCAGGACCUGCCGAGUUCUCCUGAACACACUGCUGAGUUCUUGGACAGGUGAUACGAGGAGGUGCAGGUUUCUGAAGAUGAAGCUGCAUGUGAAGAUUCAGCUGCUGACGUUCAGCUCUGAAGUUUUAAACUUCAUCUUCCUGGCUCUGGGUCUGAGCGUGUUCUUGUGUGGACUGUGGAUCCUGUUCGACAUAAGGAACCUGCUGACCGCCCGCCCCUCAGAUGAGCUGCGUACCGUGGGGGCGGGGCUGAUGAUUAUAGGUGGCGUGGUGGGCGUGGUCAGUGUGGUUGGAUUUGUCUCAGCUGUUAAAGAAAACAAAAUCCUGCUGCUAACGUACCAGGGCUUCCUCAUCAUCCUCGUCUUCAGUCAGCUCUUCAUCACUCUGCUGUUGCUCCUGAACAAAGGCGAGAUUGAGAAGAAGGUGGACAACACGCUGGACCACCUGAUCGUCCACUACAGAGGAGACACUGAGAGUCAGGACACGCUGGUGGACAACAUCCAGCACUAUGAGAAGUGUUGCGGCUUCAUGGGCCCUUCUGAUUGGCUGAAGAACUUGUACCUCCAGAACCUGACCGAUGUCCUCCCAUGUUCAUGUUUCAACUUCAGUCGAAACUCCACGAGGUGGUGCUACAAGCAGCCGGAUAACAUGUACACAGAGUUUCUUAAUCAGGGUUGCACAAAGAAGGUCAGUAAUUGGCUGCAGGAAAACAUUAACACCAUCACAGGCAUGGUCAUCGGUCUCAUGUUUAUCCAGAUGGUUCUGUUUGUCCUCAUGGUGUCUCUGUACUACGCGAUCAAAAGCAAAGCUGCUUUGAAAAUGAAUCCUCCGACGGACACUGACCACACCCCCCUGGACCUCUCCCCCGAAGACGACCUGAUUAAUGGAGAGCAGAACUACAGUUACAUAGAUCCUGAUGAUGGCUACACUGACCCUGCCCACCCAGCACAGCGUUGAGCCUGUAGACCCCGCACACUUUUUAUAUGAAUAGUCAGUUAAUGAAUCAAUAAAAUCUGUAAAUUCAAACAAAUGGAGCAGGAUCAAACCGUUGGUACGUUAUUUAUGGUUCUAUGGGGGCUUGUGAAUUGCGUUUUUUACUGUUUUGCUUACAAAAAGCGUCAAUGCAAGUAUUUUUAACUGCAUUGGCUCUGUUAGUGUGUGUGCCUGUGAGUCCAUGCGCUGGGGUGAGAAAACCCCUCGCCAGAUUUGGUAUCCAAUCACUAUGAAUUAAAGUUUGAGGACGCUGAAAAGA